AUGGAUCAGCCAAUCCGAUAUUCGGAAGCUGAAGCUGUUAGGCGACUACAAGAACUAGAUAAUUCUCAAACAUCCGUUGAAAGCACGUCUAAAUGGUUCUUGGGCGUCAAAGAUAUGGCCAAAGAGGUCGUGAAGUUAUGGUUCAAAGAGUUUCGCAAAGCCCAUCCUAAAAAGAAGAUCGCGUUUCUCCAUUUAGUUAACGAUGUUAUCCAAAAUGGCAUUGUUAUCGCCCCGCAGUAUAGCAAACUGUUUGAGCCGGUACUUCCGACUGCAUUCAAAGAAACCGCAAAAGUUCAAAAACAUUCAGUACGUGCGGCUGUGGCACAUUUACUGAUUGUUUGGGCUACGCGUCGGAUAUAUUCGAAAAAUUUUCUUCGCCAGUUACGUUUCAUUUGCCAGCGCGCUGUUGCUGAGGCGGACACUCCGGAUGCUAGCGAGGAGACAAAGAGAAAUAUCAUAGCGGCUUCUCCGUUCGCGUUCUCGUUCACUGCGGUUCUACUGAACGCAGGGAAUCCGGCUGCCGGUAACCUGACUCCCAGUAGUGGCGGCUCACUUAAAGGUGCCCAUAGUCGCAAAAAGCGACACCAUUCAUCCAGGCUUAUGAUGCCUUCCAUGUCAUUCGCGCCAAACGAUACACCACUGGAACCCGCUUUGAAUUCCAUUUCUGCUUUUCGAGAGGAGCUGGCUCGUGAACUGGAAACGGAAGCAAUGCCACCUCCUCAG